AGACACUUCCGGUGGUAUUUCCCACAGCGAGUGGUGUCACUUUGAAACUUGCACCGUCAUCAAGAGAAUGAAUGCUGAAGAGAGAUGGAUACUAGAAUAUGCUUGUCGACAUAAAAUGCACCAAGUCUUACAUGUCCUAUGUAAGAAGUACCCCGAUGGUCUAGACACGUUUCAAGUUGCUCCAGUUUAUCAAGGCUUAGCAGCUCUGCUAUUUGUUGUCACAGACUGGCAACUGAAGGACUUUCAGGGUGCAAUGGAAAUACUUGAUGUUCUGUACAUUUUUGCUGAAGAAGUCAUUCCUUACACACUCUUUUCAAUGCUGAUGACUGGUUUGAGAACUAUGCACUUAUUCCAUUUGUUGAAAACCAAGGGUGAAGACAUUUUGGCAAAACUAAAUGAAUAUUUUCCUCGAAAUGGCAGAGAGUUGAAGAUACAAAGAGUACUACACAAGAGAGAGAUCGAAUUUAGAAAGCUGUUCAUCUCCCUGGUUGCAGAUGAAGACAGGUGUGCAGACUACUUGAAGCAUAGGUAUAGGGAGGACUUUGGGCAAGAUUUUAAGGACUCUGUGCGAAGGCUGGUAAAUGAAUUUGUUUCUAAGAUUGAAGAGAUCCUGCCUCCUACAACAAUUGAUAUGAUUUUAGCUGGUGAGAGGCCUUCCAUGAGGGAUCUCUCUACACCCACAUCAGAGAACAUGGAAAUUGUUCUGGAUUUAAUUCUCAGUAAAGAGCAGCCCACGGCAGACGACUUUGUGGCUGUUCUGGAGGAGAUGUGGCAGACAGAGCACAGACAGAAGAGAAAGAUGAAACAUACUGACAUCAGCACAGAUGGUUUAAAACUGAGGUAGAUAGAGUUCAUUCGGUUUAUAGAAGAUAUGAUUACAUUUAAUUAUAAUGUCUCUUUGCCAUAAAGAUGUAAAAGAUUAAGAUCUAAUAUUAUGUAUGCAUGCAUUUUAAAUUAUACGUGUAAACAGUAUAUUGUAAAAUUAAGAUAGCUGGUCUUUGUCUUGGACAUGUUUCGUAUAGAUUUUAAUGGAUUUUGAUUAUGUUUUAUAAUGCUUUUGGUUGCGUCAUGUAGUGUCAA